AAAACCUAGAAAUUUCGCCGAGAGAGUGGAAGCCCCGGUGGCGCUCGUCCGUUCCCCCCUUCCUCAUUCGGCUUCUCAGCUCGAAAACGCGAGCGCCAAAAAUCCCCCGCGCCGCCAAAGCGGCGGUUGGGGUUCCGGCCUCCGCUUCCCCCGCCGCCCCGCCCCACGGUAGCCCCGCCGUCGCGCGCAGAUCCCCGAGGACCCCCAGCCUCGCCGCCCGCCGUGUCGUAUCGGCGGACUCCCUGGUGUGGAACGAAUUGUUCGUUUUGUAGAGGUUGUAUUACAAGGACCAAAUGCCUCUCUUCAAGAGGACACCUUUCUUCUUACUGGACCCACCAAAGGACUUGGAUCCCAAGGAGAAGGUGUUCCAAGUUCGAUUUACUAAGGAGAUAUUUCGAGAUUACCAGGAGUACCUGAAUAGGUUGAACCUUUACCGUAAAAGGGUUUGGACAUGUAAGGUGUCUGGAAAAUCUAAUUUAACCUAUGAGGAAGCUUUGGUCUCAGAGCAGCGGGCUGCAGAGAAGGCUCAACAGUUGCCAAGAGAGCUUAUGUCUCCUGUUCUCCAGAUGAUCCAAUACAGUACACUUAACUUAACUGACCUUGUCAACAAGAUAUAUGGCAGUCUGCAAGAGAAUCUGUUUGAAGGAUUAGAAUUACAUGCUAAAAGAGAUGGUUCGGAGGCUGCUUGCAAGAUUCUGAAGGUUAUAGGUUCAGGUAAAACCACAAGCUAUGAGGUGGGCUGGAUUGGUCAAGACAAUGCAAUUACCAGCACUUCAGUUCUCAGAGCCGACGAUCUAAUUCGCAAGAAAGCACCUUGUGGUCGUAAUAUGCUCAAGAUUUUUGUCAGGGAAUCAACAUCACAAAACUCUCCAUGGAUCGUACAUAUGAAUCUUGCAAAGAAAUAUGGCAUACCCACUGAGCCUCCAAAAGACAUGAUUAAUGGUGAAGGAUUGUCCAAAGCAAGGAAAAGACUAGCGAAUGGGACUGCAGAAGAUGCCAGCAAAAGGUCAAAGAAAGAUGAGGAGCAAGUAGUACCAGUUAAAUACCCAAUCGAUGAUCUUUUAGUAAAGCCGGUGGCAGAUGACCCUCUUUUGUCAAAGAGAUGCCCAGCAUCCACAGAUUUCAAAGUCCCUAUAAGUUCUGUGGGAGAUCUCCUGAUGGUCUGGGAUUUCUGCAUGUCUUUUGGGAGGCUUUUAUGCUUGUCGCCGUUUUCCUUGUCAGAUCUGGAGAAUGCAAUUUGCCACAAAGAAACCAAUCUUGUUCUUCUUGUGGAAAUACACACUGCACUUCUCAAUUUGCUUAUUAAUGAUGAAGGCGAAUAUUUUGAGUUUAUCCAGAACAAGAACAGAAAAUCAAAGGUAUCUCUAGUCACCUGGAAGGAGUAUCUAUGUGAUUUCAUGGAAAUGACAAGUAUCUCCAGUAACAUAUCAACAGUACGGAGGGGUCACUAUGGUCUUGUUCCCACUAGCCUGAAACUUGAAAUCCUACGGGAAUUGGUAGAUGAAGCCAUUGCAACUAUUGCUGUAAAAGAGAAAUUAGACGAACGCAUUGAUCAGCAACAUGCACUUGCAGCAGAAAAAAGAGAGAUUGCUAGAAAGAGUAAGGAAGAGCAGAAGCUGAUCAUGGAAGUGGCAACAGAAAAGGAAAUGAAUCAGGCAAAUGCUGUACAGGAUGGCAACGAGAAUGUUAAUAGCCAGCUUGUGGCAAAAGAAGGGAACGAGAGGAAAAACGCUCCCACCAGCAAAAUGGGAGAUGCGAAAUUGCAUCUGGACGGCAACGGGAAUGUUAAUAGCCAGCUUGUGGCAAAAGAAGGGAAGGAGAGGAAAAACGCUCCCGCCAGCAAAAUGGGAGAUGUGAAAUUGCAUCUGGGGAGGCAUCUGGAGAAAGAACUACUGGACCAAUCAGUACGAACUAGUCCUCUUGGAAAAGACAGAUACUAUAACAGGUAUUGGUUUUUUAGGCGUGAAGGAAGACUUUUUGUUGAAAGUGCAGAUUCCAAAGAGUGGGGGUACUAUAGCACCAAGGAAGAGCUUGAUGCGCUCAUUGGGUCUUUAAACAUUAAAGGCAUAAGGGAGAGAGCACUCAAACAACAGCUUGACAAGUUCUACAACAAGAUAAGUAAUGCUGUGGAGAAGAGAUUGAAGGAGGUGACACAUCAGUUGUUAGUUGAAGAGGCUGUGUUGCGGCGUUCAUCUCGUGUACAUGCUCAUCCAAAGGACAGCCCUUCUACGUCAUUCCUCGAGUAUGUCAACACAUGGAAGCCUGUUCAAAAGAGAAACAGAUCGAAAGAUGACCGAGCUACUUAGUUGAUAGAUGGAUAGGCUACUUUUUGUAUGGCCUAUUUGUUGUCUCAACUCUGAACCGUAGUAGGGGUUCAUUUCUUGCGCCAAAUUUUCGGAAACUAAGGCAGUCGAACUGGAGCUGCAUGUAAUUUGACCCCUGGUAGAGUCGAUGUUUUCUUUGUUUCUGUAGUUGGUACUGAAGUGGCGAUGCUGAAAACAAAUCGUUAGCUAGGAAUCUGUUCUAUGUCGUGGAUUUGACAGCUUCCACGCCCUUUCACAAGUGCAAUUAUUAUCUAGGAGUAUGUCUUCAGUUUUC